GCGUUGAAUUUUGCUUUUAAAGACUAUUUUAAGAGAAUGUUUAAUUUCGAUAAAGAAAGGGAUGGCUACUGGAAGUGGUUUGGAGGAAAUUUAGCAUCCGGUGGCGCUGCUGGUGCCUUGUCCCUUUUAUUUGUGUACUCGCUAGACUAUGCCAGAACACGGCUUGCUAAUGAUGCCAAGGCUGCACAAAAGGGUGGUGAGAGGCAGUUUAAUGGUUUGCUUGAUGUUUAUCGGAAAACCAUUAAAUCUGAUGGUAUUCCUGGUCUUUAUCGUGGCUUCACCAUCUCGUGUGUUGGAAUAGUUGUUUAUCGUGGUUUGUACUUUGGAAUAUACGAUUCGCUUAAACCUGUGGUUCUAGUUGGUAACUUGCAGGAUAGCUUCUUUGCCGGUUUUUUCCUUGGAUGGGGCAUCACUAUUGGUGCUGGAUUGGCGUCUUACCCAAUUGAUACGGUGCGUAGAAGAAUGAUGAUGACUUCAGGAGAAGCAGUCAAGUACAAGGGUUCAUUAGACGCAUUUUCUCAAAUAAUGAAGAAAGAAGGUACCAAGUCGCUUUUCAAAGGCGCUGCCGCUAAUAUCCUACGUGCUGUUGCUAGUGCCGGUGUGCUAGCCGGGUAUGAUAAACUACAGCUCAUUGUCUUCGGAAAGAAAUAUGGAUCUGGUGGUGGAAGUUAAUUAUAAGGUUAGAUAUAUCGAGUGACAAUGACGAAGAUGACCGUUUAGUCUAGCUUUUGAGCAGAGGGUAUAU